AUGUCGAAUAAUAGGGGUUCUAUCACUAAAGGAACGGAAGUUAGGACUGAAAGAAAGGAAGCUUUUAUUCAACGACAUUUUUCUUAUAAAGAAUGCACCCAGUUUAUUCCACUGGAUGGCUCUACUAACGCUCAAAACCGAUGCUGUUGUGGCGAAAAAAAGUUUCAUCAUUUUGUGUCCGAGAACUAUCGAACAAACGUGCAAAAAUGGUCACCAGAUUUGAUUGAGACUAUCGGACCCACAAAUGCUUACGGUGUAAUUGAUUUUUAUUCAGGAGCUCAUCAAUUAAACAAAUCGGCAGAGGGAUUGUUGGGAGCUGUAAAUGCUUCUAACGCUUGGAUAAUAUCACACGGACUUCAAUGUGAUUUGACUAAAAUAGUCAGUGACGCUAUAAGUCGGUCAGAAAUCAAUAGCUUUGGAAACGACAGAGAAUUGCAAAAAAUUGUCUGCAUUGGAAUCACUCCUUGGGGAUACAUUCGUAAUCGCUCCGAUCUUGUUCAUUCAGUCUGCUACCGAUCACCCCAACCACAAACUCAAUACCGAAUUAAUAAUACGAAUUCCAAAAUGGGUCCACUUUCUCUGAACACAAAUCACACUCAUUACAUCCUUUGUGAUAAUGGAAUUCGUAAUAACUUCAUUGGUAGCGGUGUAAAUCAAUUUCGGAUGAAAUUCGAAAGUCUUCUCUCAGCUUCACCUAAAAAGGGUGGAUGUGGAAUACCUGUUGUGCUAUUAAUUAUCGGAGGAGGAUAUAGCACCUUAGAAAUUGCUGCCCAAAGACUUCAACAUGGAGUACCUAUUGUGAUUUGUGGAUCUACAGGUGGAAUUGCCGAUAUUCUGGAAAAAGCUCUUCAAUUCCGGAAUUCAAAUAAGGCGUUGAAAGGCUUAUGCCAAGAACAAGCGAAUCAGAUUUAUUCAAUGCUCCAAAACCUCUUAAUUGAAGAAGCAGAAGAAGUAACCCAAGAGUAUUCCGCUGAAAAGGGCUUUGAACUGAUUCAAACCAUACUCUCGAAUGAAGAUUUCGUGAGCUUUUUUAAUCCGGACUGUAUUAUUUCCAAUAACAGUCUUGAUAGAACAAUACUGUUCUCGCUGAUCAAAUGUAUGUCCACCAAUCCAAUUGAUCAGCUUAUGGUUGCCUUAAAAUUCGGUCGAAUUGAUGUUGUCAAUCGGCAGAUGUUUGAAGACAAUUGCUUUAGUAUUCGCACAUCUGUUAAUAGGGCCAUUGAAUUAGUUAUUAUUGAAUUGUAA